ACGCACCGGGCCCGGCCGGGAACUCCGCCGCGCGCCGCAGCGGGACCUCUGCCGCCGCGGGCCCGGGCCGGGCGGCGGUCAUGGCCUCGGCGGCUGUGGAGAGCUUCGUGAGCAAGCAGUUGGACCUGCUGGAGCUCGAGAGAGACGCGGAGGUCGAGGAGCGCAGGUCCUGGCAGGAAAACAUCUCUCUGAAAGAGCUCCAGAGCCGAGGGGUCUGUUUGCUGAAGCUGCAGGUGUCCAGCCAGCGGACCGGGCUGUACGGGCGGCUGCUGGUCACCUUCGAGCCCAGGAGAUGUGCGUCUGCCACGGCCCUUCCCAGCAACAGCUUUACUUCCGGAGAUAUAGUGGGUCUGUAUGACGAAGGCGGUCAGCUGGCCACGGGGAUCCUGACCCGGAUCAUGCAGAGAUCGGUCACAGUAGCCUUUGAUGAGUCCCAUGAUUUCCAGCUGAGCUUAGACCGAGAGCGUGCCUACAGACUGUUAAAACUCGCCAACGACGUCACUUAUAAGCGGCUGAAAAAAGCUCUCAUUUCCCUAAAGAAGUAUCAUUCUGGCCCCGCGAGCUCCCUCAUAGAGGUCGUCUUCGGUGGAUCACCCCCCAGUCCUGCCAGUGAAACACAGCCGCCGCCGUUCUGUAACACCUCCCUGGACGCCUCCCAGAAGGAAGCCGUCUCCUUUGCGCUGUCCCAGAAAGAACUUGCCAUCAUCCACGGGCCUCCUGGCACUGGGAAGACCACCACUGUGGUCGAGAUCAUCCUUCAGGCUGUGAGACGGGGCUUAAAGGUGCUGUGCUGUGCCCCCUCUAACGUCGCCGUGGAUAACCUGGCAGAGCGGCUGGCGCGGUGUCAGCAGAAGGUCCUGCGCCUCGGGCACCCCGCCCGGCUGCUGGAGUGCAUUCAGCAGCACUCCCUCGACGCCGUGCUGGCACGCAGCGACAGCGCCCAGAUCGUCGCAGACAUCAGAAAGGACAUCGAUCAGGCCUUCUUGAAGAACAGGCAGACCCAGGAUAAGAGAGAGAAGAGUAGUUUCUGGAACGAAAUCAAGCUGUUGCGGAAAGAGCUGAAGGAGAGGGAGGAGGCCGCCAUGCUGGAGAGCCUCAGGUCGGCAGCCGUGGUGCUGGCAACGAACACAGGCGCCUCUCCCGACGGCCCUCUGAAGCUGCUGCCCGACGGCCACUUUGACGUGGUGGUCAUCGACGAGUGCGCCCAGGCCCUCGAAGCCAGCUGCUGGAUCCCCCUGCUAAAGGCCGGGAAGUGCAUCCUGGCCGGAGAUCACAAACAGCUGCCGCCCACCAUCGUGUCCCCCAAGGCCGCGGCGGCGGGCCUGGCGCGCAGCCUGAUGGAGCGCCUGGCGGCGGAGCAGGGCGCGAGCGUGGUGCGGACGCUGACGGUGCAGUACCGCAUGCACCGGGCCAUCAUGCAGUGGGCCUCCGAGGCCCUGUACCACGGGCGGCUCACGGCCCACCCUUCCGUGGCGGGCCACCUCCUGCGGGACCUCCCCGGGGUGGCCGCCACGGAGGAGACGGGCAUCCCCCUGCUGCUCGUGGACACGGCCGGCUGCGGGCUCUUUGAACUCGAAGAGGAGGACGACCAGUCUAAGGGGAACCCUGGCGAGGUGCGUCUCGUCAGCCUGCACGUCCAGGCCUUGGUGGAGGCUGGCGUCCGAGCGAGCGACAUUGCCGUCAUCACACCGUACAACCUCCAGGUGGACCUGCUCAGGCAGAGCCUCGCUCACAGGCACCCCGAGCUUGAAAUUAAGUCGGUCGAUGGCUUCCAAGGCCGAGAGAAGGAGGCUGUGGUCCUGUCCUUCGUCAGAUCCAAUAGGAAAGGCGAAGUGGGUUUCCUCGCCGAGGACCGGCGGAUCAACGUGGCGGUCACCCGCGCUCGGCGCCACGUGGCGGUCGUGUGCGAUUCGCGCACCGUUAACAACCACGCCUUUCUGAAGACCCUGGUGGAUCACUUCACGGAGCACGGCGAGGUGCGCACGGCCUUUGAGUAUCUCGAUGACAUCGUCCCCGAAAACUACUCCCACGAGAGUUCCCAGGGCCACGGCCAAGCUGGUGCGAGGCCCCGGGGCCCUGCCGCGGCUGCCGGGAAGCCUCCUGGAAGCCGGCCGCGGGAGGGGGUCCGGGAGGCCCGGGCGGCCGCCGUGCUGCAGCGGAAGACGCCUGGCGGGAAGCCCUCGGGCCCUGAGGCCGGUUCUCAGCCCAGCCUCAACGGAGGCGGCCUCUGCCCGGAGGCCGCGGACGGCAGAGACCGCGCGGACCGCUUCAGGGCCGAGAUAGCGGAGUUUGUGGCGAGUGGGAACACGCGGCUGGAGUUUCCCGCGUCCCUGAACUCACACGACAGGAUGUGGAUCCACCAGAUAGCGGAGGAGCACGGGCUGAGGCACGACAGCACCGGCGAAGGGAAGAAGAGGUUCAUAACCGUGAGCAAGAGGGCCCCGCCUGCCCCGCUGCCUCCAGCGGGCGGCCCCACGGCCCCCGGCCCCACGGAGGCGGAGCCCCCUCCCGGGGAGCAGAGCGCCCGGGACCCCCUGGAUCUGAAGGCUCUGCACCUGGAAAGGCUGCAGAGGGAGAAGAGCCGGCGGGAGCCACAGGCCGAGCAGGGGCAGCAGGCCUCGCGCUCAGGGCCGCGCAAGUUACCGGAGAAGAAAAAGAAAAAAGAAGCAAAAGGACACGUGGCCAUAGACUUGCCCGGUGAGGAGGACUUCGACGCCCUGGUCUCGGCCGCCGUGAAGGCCGAUAACACCUGCGGCCUUGCUAAGUGCACAGCCAGCGUCGCGACCCUGGGUCAGCUCUGCCUGCACUGUGGCCGCCGUUUCUGCCUCAGCCACCACCUGCCGGAGAUCCACGGCUGUGGGGAGAGAGCUCGCGCCCACGCCCGGCAGAGGAUCAGCCGGGAAGGAGUCCUCUACGCCGGCAGUGGGACCAAGGACAGGUCCCUGGACCCAGCCAAGAGGGCCCAGCUCCAGAGGAGGCUGGAUAAGAAGCUGGAUGAGCUGACCAGCCAGAGGAAGAGUAAACGGAAGGAAAAGGAGAAGUGACGGGCUUGUGUCUUUGAAAGAACGGACGAGGCCGAGCAUGGCUGCCUUCUGCUUCCUUGUGGCUGCUCCCCGUGACAGCGUGCAACCCGACCCACCUGCCUGUGCCGCGGCCAUGUGGGGCUCGGGAUCUGGGGGAGAAAGGGUGGGCUCUUCUAACCUGACGGGAGGGUGCCUGGGCAUGUGGUCAAGGCCAGGUAGCCCUCUCCCCGGGCAUGCCCACACCCUACGUCCUCCCCGUCACUGCCAGGACCAUCGCCCGGUGCAUUCUCUCCUUCCCGGUCAGAACUGAACCCCCCCCCCCCACCCCAUCUGAAUCUUGGGGUGUUGCCACGAGGGUCAGUAAGUUCCGUUGGAGACGUGCCUCUGUGUCCCCUGCCCGGGUCCGAUGCCCCCUCAGGCUUUGUAAAAGUAAAUCCUGUCAGGGCCCGGCCGGCUUUCGGCCCAUCAGAGUGAGGGACAGCACCCGAGAACUCAGCACGCCUGAGAUGGGCUCUGAGAAUGUUCGCUGGGGCGCUCCUCCCGCACGUCCCCCUGCAGCUGGCUCACCCUCGUCCGUCCGUCCGUCUCCUGUCCCCUGUGGCUCCCGUGAGCCACCCUGUCCCGCGGGCGGCAGACACAGCUCGGGCUGCACCUGCGAGGCCUGGAGGGCCCCUUGCGUGUGGCCUGUGCGGGCCCUGUGUGGGAGGAGGUCUCUGCCAGCUGCCUUAUUGAAGAGAGCCUCAGAGGCACGUCCUGUUUUAGUCCCGGGGUGUUAUUUGUGUAAACGGGAUAGAAAUUAUUUGAGAAAACAAUAAAGACAUACGCGCAUCA